AUGCCUGUCCAUCUUGUCCAAGCGGCCCCUCCGCCGGCCAACCGGUGGGCGGACAAGCAGUACAAGAAGAGGGCUCUCGGAACUGCUUUCAGGUCCUCUCCUUUCGGUGGAUCUUCCCACGCUAAGGGUAUCGUUCUUGAGAAGAUCGGUGUCGAGGCUAAGCAGCCCAACUCCGCCAUUCGUAAAUGUGUGCGUGCUCAGCUCAUCAAGAACGGAAAGAAGAUCACCGCUUUCGUCCCCAACGACGGUUGUCUCAACUUCAUCGAGGAGAACGACGAAGUUCUGAUCGCUGGAUUCGGUCGUAAGGGUCGUGCCGUCGGUGAUAUUCCUGGUGUCCGUUUCAAGGUCGUCAAGGUCGCCGGUGUGUCUCUUCUCGCCUUGUACAAGGAGAAGAAGGAGAAGCCCCGUUCUUAAGCAGUCUUUGU